AAUUACCAGGAAACAUUCCUUUGAAACGCAAACAUAAAUGCUGCGUGUGGUGGAGGUGGGAGACAGGAUGUUGUUUGUGUGUGUUCAAAAGGAAACGUCAGUCAAAAUCUUUUUCUACCGAAAGUUCGGUCCUGCUGGUCCUCAACCCCCCCCCCCCGGUCCACAUCAGAAGGCCUGGUGGUCUGUGAUCAAGUUGCAACAAGUCCCUUCUCAACUUUAAAGGGAGUGUAGGAACCUUUGAGAUAAAGACGUGUUGUUUCCGGUCGGCCAUAUUUGACAGACGUACGGUUCUGAAGGCGAAAGCGUCUGCUGUCUGGCUACUUUCAUCGGCCGCCGAUGGAUCUUUGGUCCUUACUCGAUGACCUUCAUGUGGGAGAGAAGCCCCCGCACCCCGCCCCUCUGCCGCCAGUCACAUCGCUGCUGCCGCGUCUUCAGGGGCGCCUGACUGAUGGAGGCUCUGACCCGAGCGCCCUGAUUGGACACGUGGCGCGACUCUUCCAAGAGGCCGAUGCUCGUUGGCUGUUCAGCCCGGCGGAAGAAGGGUGGGCGGAGCUCGAGGCGGCCUACGCGUCUGUAGUCCGCGCUCUGAUUGGCUGCGCCGCUCUGCCGCCGAGUGACGAGGAUCGCGGCCCGCCGCCACCCGAUGACUAUCGCCACGUUCCCGCCGUCGCCACCCAGGUGUGCUCCGCCCUCCAAGCGCUGCUGGGACGCCUGGAGGAGGCCGAGGGCGGAGCCAGAGGUCUGCUGCUGGCCGUGGCGCCGCACGUGUGCGUCUUUGCUGUCACACACUUCCAGGAGCAGGCGUGGAGCAGCUCCUCCUCCAGACUGGCGGCACAGAGCCUGCAGGGGGCGUUGCUGAGAGCGGGAAGCUGGACAAGCUCCGCCCACCUCCUGAUGGGCGAGGCGGGCCUUGGGAAGGAAGGGGAGGGGCAUACAGGUGGCAUCCUGGGAGGAGUCCUGGAUGACCUGCAACCUCAACUGACCAGGGAUUCGUGGCGGCGUGGCGGCGAAGCGGCCAAGUUGGUGUUCGCCUGGACGCUCCUCCAGGUGACGCGCCCCGCCCUCGCCCCGCAGCUGCCCCGCCUCCUCCCCCCCGCCCUCCUCCUCAGCGACCACCACGCCGUGGAGAACUGCAUGCUGGGAGUCGCGUGUCUGCACCACAUCGUCCUCCACACGCCUGCAUGUGAGCUGCGUCAGUACAACAGAGGUCAGGUGGUCUACCAGACGUUACUCAAACAUCUCUACUCCUCCCAGGCUCCUCUCCUCCAGCGGGUUCUGGCCUGUCUGUUGGACCUGCUGUUGGUUUUAGAGAAGCCCCCCUCCUCUGUCAGCCCCCCCCGCAGGAAGCCCUGUCGCCAUGACGACGUGCUGCGCCUGCUCCUCACCCACAUGGAGGCGGAGCAUAAAGUGUUGCUGCGGCGCGUCUACGCCUCCGCGCUUCCUGCUUACCUGGACAGGGUGGGCGUGGCCGUGUGUCGGCACCUGCGGCGGCUGGAGCGUGUUGUCGUGGGAUACUUGGAGGUCAGCGACCCGCCUGAGGAGACCAGCCGCCUGAAGGUCCUGGAGGCGCUGCAGACCGCCAUGGCGGCCGCGUGGCCACGGUUUGCGUGUCGUGUGGACGUGUUGCUGCCGUGUUUGCUGCGCCUCCUGGCCGACAUGUCAUGUGACCCGCCCCCCCCAGAGGCGGUGAGGCAUCAGCUGACCACUCGGGCGUCUCGCUGUGUCACGUUGCUCCACGCCAUCGCACACCGAGACCUUCAGGUUGACAGCGGAUGGGAGGGGCUUGGCGGCCUAGCAACAGUAACCAUGACGACAGAGAGCUGACACACCAGCCGUGUUUUUAAUGUUUCCCAGCGUCCUCUGGGGCGCACGUAGCUCCGCCCUCUUCCUGGCCAGCUCAGCGUCAGUGUUUUCAAGCUGGCGUGGGAUCCGUCUUCGUUUGGCGCCCGCGGCCUGGAGGGCGUGGCGCUCUGCACGGAGCUGCUGGCCGACUCCUGUCAGCUCUACGCACACGCUCAGUAUGAUUGGCUGAUGAUGUCAUAAUAAACACCCACCUCACCUGCUUUGA